AUGGCCGAACCAUAUUCUUCAGCUCUACUCGAGGUAGGCGCAGAAACGGGCGUAGACGCUGAAUCAGAACAUCAUCAACAACAACAACAACUCCUCCUCGCUCCAGCGCUUGUCUCUGCUCGCAGCGACAACCCGUCGCUAAAAUGCUGCUGUGGUUCGGCCGAAUGUGUCUUUCUAAGACACAGCAACUCCAUUCUGGAUAGCGUUGAGAAGGAUGUGCACAAUGCAGCACGGAUAGGAAAGGCGCUGCUAGCACGUCACGAAUCGUACAUGGCCGACGCUGAACGAGAUCACCUGGAGCUCACGAGUAGGAUCGAGCAACUGGAGAUGGACAACAAAGAUCUGGAGGCUAAGAACGCCCGUACGAUUGAAGAGAACAGAACUCUGCUGGAUCAGCUGGAAUCACUGAACACGACCGUAUCCGACUCGGAGGCGCAUAUCAAGUCCCUCGAGGCGUCCUUGCUGUCUUCGCAACAAAUCAUACGCCGCCUAGAGACAGAGACCGCACGAGCCGAAUCAUUGGAGAGGCAGAUUGCGUUCCUCGAGCAAGAACAAGAACAAUUACAAACAACUCUAAGUACGAAACACGAAGAAGCUCGCACAUCCAUGGCGAGAUGGCAACGAGCGGAGAGGGGAAUUAUCGACCUUCAGGUGCAGCUCGAGAGGAUGGAGCAAGAGAGCAAGGAAGAACGUGAGCGUCAUGCCGAAGUAAUGGGACGCAUGGAAAAACAACGCGAACUUGAAAAGGAAUUGAACACGGCUGCCGGUCGCUUAAAGGGUGCGGCUGCAGCCAAAACAAUGGGUGGUGGAAGCGGAUCGACUGUAGUAUCACACUUUGUCCGUGACCUUCUGCAAGACAACACCAGUCUUCAGCAAAACAUUGUGGAGCUGCGGGAGAUGCUCAUGAAUUCAAACGACGAGAUUCAAGCGUUGCGGGAGGAGCUCAUGUACCAUCAGCCAGCAGAUGACGGAGAUGCUAGAACUGCACCCACCCUGAGAGCGGAACUAGAAACCAAGAAAUCCCCAGAAAGACCUGUACCUGCGGUUUCUCAGGAGCUCCAUAUCCACCAUCACUACCACGUCACACCAAAGGUUGAAUCCAAAAAGACCAAGAAGAAGCGCCAGGUUCUCACACCUGGCGGUUUCAUACCUCCAGCAACGCCACCUACCUCGACCUGGCGAAGAGGACCGCGGGAUUCAAUAAAUUCGAUAAUGUCGAGUCGCCUGUCCAUUAUGUCUGAACAGGCAUCCGACUUUGCGCCAUCCUCGGCGCCCAGUUCGCCGCGUUCCAAUGCGCGAAACUCACUCUUCGAUCCCGCGUCCACGGACUCUUGGCCAGCCUCGCCAGUCACCAGUGUUGACCCAAUGUCUCCCGCCUGGCGGGGACACCGCAAGCUUCCUUCGAACUUGUCGGCACGAAGCUUUCAACUGCCCAGCGCCUACUCCCUCGACGUCCCAAAUCAUGCGCAUACGCAUACUAUUGUCGAGGAGGGAGACGGAUUGGAAGAGGUGCCAGAUCUAGGUAUCGUCACGGACGAAUCUGGUGCCGACGAUGAAACUUCGUCACGCGACCCGAACACUUCGAUGGACGAGGUUGAUAUCUACAUCAGCGGAGAGACAGAAGAUGAUCGUGGCCCACAGCGUGGUCACCGGAGGGCAGUAUCGCAUGAAUCGAUCAUGUCGCUGACAGGAGGUCUUGAUAUUCACACCCUCAAGUCGCGACCUACUCAAAUGACACUACGUCACAUUAGCAAUGCGACCUCUAUCACGGCAAGCAGCACCAUCACGGCUAGUCCAAUGCUGUCCCGAAGUCCUUCCCAAAUGGGCAGUCUCGUUCUGCGGGAACGUUAUGCGCCCUCUGUCGGUAGCUUGCGGUCGGUAUCCGGCCCUACGCCGAACGGCCCCUCGAAAAUAAGCUCUUGGGUGGGCUGGCGACCUUGGAAAGGUGGCGCCUCGGAAGGUGGCACACUUCCCAAACCCAAGGAGAAACCAUCCGCCAAGGACUUUGGCCGAUCACCCGGUAUCAAUCAGAUUGGCGCCAUUCCUGGGUUCCAUGAAUACAUGGCAGCCCAUCAAAAACGUGAUCCGGGAAAAGUCAAUCCAGACCAGGUUGACCACGAUGCCCUCCUGGAAGGCUUGGCUGAGUAA